AUGGUGCAGGAAGCAGGAUCAGAGCGGGAUGCAAACGGCGUUCCACGCUUGCCAUUGCGAAGAGAUGGAUGGAAUUUCUGGAACUUUGAAGGAAAUAAAGUACACUAUAUCCAGUCAGGGACGUCGGGUACACCUGUGCUGUUUCUGCAUGGCUUUGGCGCAUCUGCAUACCACUGGCGGUACAACAUCCCGGUGCUAGCAGAGAACCACCGCGUUUUUGCGAUGGAUCUGCUGGGUAUGGGCUGGAGUGACAAGCCGACAGGGGAAGACAUCUACCAAGUGUGGCCCAGACAGAUUGCUGCCUUCAUCAAAGAGGUGGUUGGUGGAGAGCCGGUGGUGUUGGUGGGGAACUCUCUGGGGGGCUACAACUGUUUAAAGGCAGGUGUGACGAGCCCAGACCUGGUGCGAGGGGUUGUCCUCCUGAAUUCGGCCGGUCGGUUUGAGGAGGUAAAGGCAGAGGAGAGGGCAGGCAGCAAUGGGCGAGCGAGCGUUUCCAAGGUGCCUGCAGAGGAGCAGCCCACGCUGGUGGCCAGCCUGAUGGACCAGCUCAAGUCCAUGGCCUUGCGUGGCAGCAUCUAUGCCUCUUUCUUCAUGGCUAAGCAGCCCAAGCGUAUCCGGCAGGCAAGCUUUCAAGUGUACAUCAGCCAGCACAACGUGGACGAGGACCUGGUGAACUCCAUAGUGUGGCCCGCAGAGAGCGCCAACGCCGCCGAGAGCUUCUACCGCAUCAUCAGCGGCAAGGGCACCCCCGUCAAUGUCCUGCUCAGCAAACUGGACAAGCCGAUGCUGCUGUUGUGGGGUGCGGAUGACCCCUGGAUUGGACCGGGGAGUGCCGCGCGCAUUGAGAGCCUGUACCCGCGCGCGCAGAAGGUGCUGCUCAGCGGAGUGGGCCACUGCCCCCAGGACGAUGCUCCAGAGCGUGUGAACGCCGAGCUGCUGAGAUGGCUGGAUGCACUCUAG